AUGCCUAAAGUAGUUUCUCGAAGUAUAGUGUGUUCAGACACUAGAGAUCAAGAAGAAUACAACGAAGAGAAGCCAUUGCAUUCGUAUUACUGUUUGUGUGGUCAAAUGACGUUGAUUUUGGGUAAGCAAUUGAUCAUUUCAAACUAUUAGAAUUAAAUAUUAAAUUAUUUUUUUUCACGUUUGAACUGAAAGUUGUGGGGGAUCUGUUUUCACAAUAUUUCCCCACUGCUUCCUAAAUAUUUAAUUAAUAAUUAUAAUUAUACGUUUAACUGAUUUUACUACCGUGUUACAUAUAUAAGCUCAAUAUAUUAUUUUUUAUCAAUUAUUUUAGAUUGUGCUGUGGAAAAACUACCUUUACGUAAACGAGAUGGUGCCAGAGUGAUAGAUGGUUCUAAACAUGCUAAUAAAAUUACUUUUGAUCAAGAUGAAAUUGUCUAUUUAAAGCGACAAGAAGGCAUUGAAAAACAACACAGAUUAAAAUGCAAAAAGUUUGUUGAUUUGAAACUCAGGAGUGGAUUCAGGACGAGAUAACUGGAAGGGAGGGUGUGAUUUUAAAAAUUCAUACAAGGGACACAUUUAUGAUGAACCUUAUAAAUCAAACUAAGAAUACAAUAGUAAAUGCACCAAUCAACCCCACACCUGGAUCCACUAUUGUUCAAACCAAAAGUUUUAUAUUUACAAUUUUUAUACUAUCCUUUUUUUUUUUUUUUACAGAUGUGGUUUGUUUUUGUAUUAUAAACACCAGCCCAAUGCAAAUGUAUACUUUAUUGUUCAGGGUGCACUAGUUAAAUAUACUGGCGAAGGUCCCAAAAUGGACAUAUAUAAUCAAGUAGCUGUAGAAAAACCGAAAAAAAUUAUGGUUACUAAACAUACCAAGAACAUGGGGAAAUUCAGUUCAGUUACAGUGUCUACUAUUGAUGAAGAAGAAGACGAAAUAGAAGCAGUAAAUUAUUUUUUGCUAUUGAUUGUAUAGCAACAUGUGUUGUAAUAUUAAACUAUAAAUGUUCAUUUAAUGAUUACAGAGAGAAGUAGCAGAUUCAUAUGCAAACAAUGCACGCAUCAUUGAAAAACAAUUAGAAAGAAAAGGCAUGAACAAACGUAAAGUGGCUGAAUUUGUUGAACCGGAAAUCGCAUUAGACAUUAAAAGACACGUUCGGGGUACAUUGUUGGAGAAAUAA